AUGGUUCUCGUCGAAGAUAUUACAUCAAAUUCAUCAUCAUCAACACCAACUGGAAAUAAUGAUACUGCAUCGGCUUCAUCAUCAUCACCACCACCACCACCAAGAACUUCAACUCAAACACCUCCACGUUCACCAGGAUCAUCACCUUCAUUAAUUAAUGUUUUAAUGGAACGUAAAACUGAUGCUGUUUUAUUACUAUCACGUUUAGCAACAAUAUUCUUUACAUUAAUGUAUAUUCUACCAUUUUUUCGUUCAAAUUCUGAACCAAAUGUUUAUUAUACAAAGGCAUUAAUUUCAUCAGCAGUUACAUCUGCAUUACGUCUUCAACAACGUAUACCAGCAUUUCAACUUUCACGUGAAUUUUUCUUUAAUUUAAUUCGAGAAGAUAGUGCACAUUAUUUAAUGUAUUCAUUUUUGUUCCUAAGUGGUUCACCAAUGACUAUUGUUCUUAUACCUAUAACAACAUAUGCUAUAUUACAUUCAUGUUCAUUUUUAUCACAAAUAUUAACAAGUUAUCCAGCUAUUAAAUCUUAUCUUGAUCGUAUUACAGAAAAACAUGCCAAUUUACUUCGUUUUGUCGCAUUAAAUGAAAUUAUUCUUAUGCCAUUAUUAAUUUUAUCAAUAUUUGUUGCACGUUCAAAUUUAUUACUUAUAUUUAUGUAUUAUCGAUUUCUUACAUUACGUUAUACAUCACAUAGAAAUCCAUAUACACGUACAUUAUUUUAUGAACUUCGUCAAAGUGUUGAACAUUUAGUUAGUCGACCAGCUUGUCCACCAAUUGUUGGUCGUAUUACUCGUAGUGCAAUUUCUUUUGUCAAUAGAUUAGCACCAGUAACUAAUUAG